UUUAAUAUUAACCGCUCAUUUCAACCCGACCCAUUAAUAAAAAAUAAACAACUCUUUGAUGGAUCCACAAGAUAGAUCCGAGAUAGCCUUCUUCGACGUGGAAACAACUGUUCCUAAACGCGGCGAGCGUUUCGCGAUUCUUGAGUUCGGUUCAAUCCUAGUAUGUCCAAAGAAGCUCACAGAGCUAAGAAGCUACACAACUCUGGUCCAACCUAAAGACUUAAGUCUCAUAUCUUCACUGUCCGUUAGGUGCAACGGUAUAAGUCGCAGCGACGUCGUUUUAGCUCCUCUGUUCUCUGAUAUUGCUGAUACAGUCUACGACAUUCUCCACGGGAGGAUAUGGGCAGGGCACAAUAUAUUGAGGUUUGAUUGUGCUAGGAUUAGAGAAGCUUUUGCUGAGAUUGGUCGUCAACCUCCUGAGCCUAAAGGUGCCAUUGACUCGUUGGGGUUGCUUACUCAGAGGUUUGGUAGAAGAGCUGGUGAUAUGAAGAUGGCAACUUUGGCUACUUAUUUCGGACUUGGCAAGCAAACUCAUAGGAGCCUUGACGAUGUUAGAAUGAAUCUUGAGGUUGUCAAAUAUUGUGCCACUGUCUUGUUUUUGGAGUCCAGUCUCCCAGAUGUACUUGUAGACAAAUCAGUAUCUCCAGAAACUACUAGUUUAAGGAGACAUCUCAGAGCAUCUUCUUCCAGCGAGGAUAAUAAUACUCUGAUAAGCUCUUUUACCUUACCUUCCAUUGGUGAGAACAGUGUAGCUCAGCCAGAUCCUUUUAACAUGACUCCCUUGAGGAAUGAAAUGGUUUCCAACAACAACGUUCAGUUAGACACUCUCAUGGAAGAAGAAGAGACUCAACCAUCUGAUACUGUUGUUCUCUCAGAGAAUACAAGUGUUAACCAUGAGGGAUUCUUGUCCCCUGAUGCAAUAUCUCUUCAAAACAUCAGAGCGGUUCUUGUCCCGUUUUAUCACGGAAGCCAGCUAAUGAGACUAAAGCUCCUCCACGGAGAUUCUCCUCUGCAGCUCUACUGUUCUUGUCUUAAUAUAAGGUUUGGAAUCAACGGGAAGUUUGUAGACAACUCUGGGAGAAGGAGAUUAAACUUUGUUGUUGAUCUGAACCCAAGGCUGUGCAGUAUACUUGAAGCAUGUGACAGCAAUGCUCAGAGAGUAUCUGCUGAUUCAGGUUCUUCUUCUGACUGGAACAUGAUGGUUAGUCCAAUGAAAGGGUUUGUAAACUACCCUAACGCAAGGAUACAUAUACCGACUGAGAUAAGUGGAGAUGCAGCUCGGUAUGCAAUAGAGGUACACCAGAGAGAGUCCUCUGGAGAUACUCAGAAGCUGAUCUUUAGCAACCCUAGUGCAGAGGAGCUUGAAUCGUUGCUGAACCCGAGAAGUGUUGUGGAUGCAUUCCUGUCUCUGGAACCGUAUGAUUAUCAGCAGAAAGCUGGAGUCCGUCUCGUUGCAAAAAGACUAGUUAUACACUCGUAAAUCACAAGACAUAAUCGUUUAUCACCAGAAAAAGUCUGAAAUAAAUGCAAUCCAAGUUUGUUGUAUAGUUUCUUCUCGAGUAAACGACUAACAAUCAUUUGUUUUCAUUUGUGCAAAUAGUGAAAAGAACAUUUGAUAUGGUAGUAAGAUAGAUAUUUA